GAAGCGCACUGGCAACCAGCCGUUCAUGAAGUGCAAUGCCAUGGCCAAGAGGGUCGAGCUCAUGCACCUCGAGGGCGGCUUCGACGAGUUCAGCCGCAUGAUCGACACUGCCGACUUCGAGGCGCCUGCGGCCCUGGCAACCCCUGCGCCGACGCCGCCGACUGGUAAGAAGACGCUCAGGCAGAGGCUAGAGGUGACGGCCAAGGAUGCCCAGGCUGCGGUGCAUGCCAGCAUGGACCUGGGCAAGGGGUCCAAGACCGCGGGGAACCUCAAGCUGAGCAUGAUCAAGGCGAUUGCAGGCUACCACGACAUCAAGACGGGCCCGAAAAAAAAUUGGCACGCACGAUGGCGACGCUCCAGCCCCUCGUGGGACCUCGAGGUGUCGAUCGAGGCG